UCUCGUCUUUCUCUCUUGUGCUCUGAGAGAGAGAGAGCGAGAGAGAGAGACGGCUCAGUUUUAGGAUAUGCUUUUACUCUGCGGUAAAGUUAACAGAUGCCGCCCAAGACAAACAGAAGCCUUUCCUGACAUUUUCCCACAGUGAAACUUAUAUUGCUGGCAGGAUGGCCUCCAUAGAUCCCUAUCAGUACAUUAUAGUUGAACAUCAAUAUUCUCACAGGUUCCGAGUGACUGUGGUGAGAGCGGAAAAUGUCACUAAAGGUGCACUUGGGGACUUGUUGGAUACGCCGGACCCGUAUGUGGAGCUGUCAAUCCCAACUGCUCCUGAAUCGAGAAAAAGAACACGUCACAUAGACAAUGACAUCAAUCCAAAGUGGAACGAAACAUUUGAGUUCCUUCUGGACCCCCAACAAGACAAUGUGCUGGAGAUGACUUUAAUGGACGCCAACUAUGUCAUGGAUGAGACUCUGGGCACAGCUACAUAUUCCGUCAACAGCCUGAAUGUAGGACAGCCAGAGAUGGUGACUCUGUCUAUCGGCAAGACAACAAAGGUGCACCUGGAAAUGUUAUUGGAAGUCUGUUCGUCCACGGACCUGCGCUUCAGCAUGGCGUUGUGUGAUAAGGAGAAGCUGUUCAGGGAGACGCGUAGGGACAGAGUCAUGCUGGGCAUCAAAAAAUUCCUUGACAUGGAAAACCCACGCUUCCUGCCCACCUCACAGAAUGAGGUUCCCACCAUCGCUGUAGUGGGAUCAGGAGGAGGUUUUCGAGCCAUGGUGGGUUUCUCUGGGGUGAUGAAGGCUCUCUAUGAGUCUGGAGUGCUGGACUGUGCUACUUACGUAGCAGGACUUUCUGGCUCAACAUGGUACAUGUCCACGCUAUACUCGCACCCAGAGUUUCCUGAGAAAGGACCCCGUGACAUCAAUCAGGAGCUGAUGAAGAGUGUGAGCAGCAGUCCACUCAAACUGCUGAUGCCGCAGCACAUCAAACGCUACAUUAAAGCUCUGUGGAAGAAGAAAGCAAGUGGCCAGCCCGUCACUUUCACUGACAUCUUCGGCAUGCUCAUCGGAGAGACGCUUAUACCCAGGCAAAUGGACACAACACUGAGCUCCAUGCAGGAGAAGGUGAAUCUAGGUCAGUGUCCUCUGCCUUUGUUCACCUGCCUGCAUGUCAAACCCAACGUCUCCGAGCUUAUGUUCGCCGACUGGGUGGAGUUUAGUCCUUAUGAGAUCGGCAUGGCAAAAUAUGGCACCUUCAUGACCCCUGAGCUCUUUGGUAGCAAGUUCUUCAUGGGCAGCGUUGUGAAAAAGUAUGAAGAGAACCCACUACACUUCCUAAUGGGUGUAUGGGGUAGUGCUUUCUCCAUCCUGUUUAAUCGAGUCAUCGGCGUGAAGGAUACGACUGACUGCAGCAGCACUAUGGAGGAGGAGCUCGAGCAAAUUAAACCAGAGCACAUAGUCGGAAAUGAAACAACAGAUAACGAAGAGGAAUUGCGCAGGAUGGGUACAGAGUCUGCGGAAGUGGAGGAGGAGCGGCAGAGUAAAGCUCAGGCCAGCUGGGUGCAGCGGAUGUUCACCUCCAUGGUGGGCGACACGGCGCUGUUUAACACACGUGAAGGCCGCGCAGGAAAAGUGCACAAUUUCAUGCUGGGCCUGAACCUAAACACCUCUGUGCCUUUGACACCCCGCCAUCCCUUCAUGCCACAGCUGUCCAUUGAGGAUGAGGUGGACGCAGUCACAGAUCCCAAUGAGUUUGUUCACAUCUAUGAGCCUCUGGAUGUAAGGAGUAAGAAGAUUCAUGUGGUAGACAGCGGCCUGACCUUUAACCUGCCCUACCCAUUGAUCCUGCGACCCCAGCGUGGCGUGGAUCUCAUCAUAUCUUUCGAUUUCUCAGCCAGGCCGAGUGAUUCCAGUCCUCCCUUUAAGGAGCUUUUAUUGGCCGAGAAAUGGGCACGCAUGAACAAGUUGCCUUUCCCUAAGAUUGACGUGAAGGUGUUCGAUCGCGAGGGUCUGCAGGAGUGUUAUGUGUUCAAGCCCAGGCCAGAAGACAAACACUGCCCCACUGUCAUCCACUUUGUCUUGGCCAACAUCCACUUCAGGGAGUUCAAGGCUCCUGGAGUUCCCAGAGAGACGGAUAAGGAGAAGGAGUUUGGUGACUUUGACAUAUUUGACGACCCUCAGACGCCGUAUUCCACAUUCAACUUCCAGUACUCGAAUCAGGCUUUCAAACAGCUGCAUGACCUCAUGGAGUUCAACACGCUGAACAACAUCGAGCUUAUAAAAGACGCCAUCAAAGACAGCGUUCUGCAGAGGCGGAUGAACCCGUCGCGCUGCAAUGUCUCUCUUUCACUCAGUGAGGUUGAAAACAAGAAGUUCCUGAAACGCAGCACUGGCAGCGUAAAAAAGGACACGCCUAGCAGAUAAAUAUGACAAAAAGGAUAAAUCACAGUCUCAGCUUCCUGAGAGUUUGGAUGUCAUUAUCAAAGUUUGCUUGACAAUCGGUUAAAAUGCAAAUUGGUUAAAACAAGCAGAACUGGAUACACUGUGUUAAGGUGCCCGUAUGUGACAGACGUUCUGUGAACGCCUUCAGCUUGUGAUGAUCUGGUUUACACGAUCCUGUACACCUUUUCACACAUCUUUAAAGCUUUCAGCUGUUUUUAACAAAGGGAAAGAUUAUGUUGCCUGUGUGCACACACACACGCAGAGAUCUGUAUCUUUAGGAUGGGCUUGACUGCAUGAGGAUUCUCCACACAUUCUCUAACAGUCAGUACAGUCUGGAUUUGCUCAGGAUACAGUGCCACACUGUCCAAACCCACACAAAGUUCACGAAGGAAUGCAUAGUGAUGUCUGAAAACAAAGUCACUGCACUCCCACAGUGAAAUGCCACAGUGCACCGGGGUAAGAAUCCCCUAUGAAUGCAUCCUAGUGCACCACUGACUUCGACUUAAAUUCACAUUUUAAGAAGAGUCCCAAUCCUUUCUUCCAAGUGUUUAUAGUGUAGCUUCUGUGGCCAAGGAAUAGUGUGUAUUACUCAUAAGGCAAAGAAAUGAGGUAUAUUAUACAUAUGUCUGUAUAUGUUAGUGUAUUAAAAGUGUAUAUUACUCAUAAGGCAGAAAAAAUUGCAAAACUCUUAUUAACAACAUACAGCGAAAAGUCAUUUAUUUUGCAUCACUGUGCUUCCUGGCAGUUUAAUCAGGCUUGUAUGACAAAACUUGUGUACGUUAUACAUCAUCCUGGUUUAAAAUCCUCUCUAGUGUUCAUUUUCUGUAAAAGUUACUAAUGAUAAAUAUAGUUGUGUCAUGUACUCGGUGUAAGACAACCUGCUGAGUCACUGUUACGCUUUCCAUUCCUUUGUUAAGCUCCAUCAUGAGGGCCUGAUGUUCUAAAGCUAGUCAUCAAAAAAAAAAAAAAUUAUACAAAGACACAUACCUGGCCUCCCACAAGCUUCUUGAAAGGAUCGGAAGAAAGUGAUGGCAUGAUGUGGCAUGUUGUGUAAACUGUAUACACAUACUUCCUGGCUUCAUGCACACGUCCUAGUAUCAGAAUGACAACCAAAUGUGAAAUUCAAGCCUUUCUAUUCUGAUCAAUCUUUUCUGUGAGAUAAUUUGCUCAUUCUUGUAAACUAUAUUUGGAAACUGGUCACAUGGCCAGCUGUGUGAGAGUAUGGGUGAGGACUGGGGUGACCAUCUCAAGCAGGAGCUUUGUGUAGUUUAUUAUUACUAUUAUUAUUAUUAGUCAUGUGUCAGUUUAUGUGUAACUAUGAACUACAGAUCAGUCCUACAAAUGAAAAUUUCUGUUACAUUAGAAUAAGAUGUAUUUGUACAGUGCCUUUUUCACAGUAACAUUUAUUUGUUUUGUUAGUAUUUUUGCGUAGUAACUAAUCUUAUUUAUGAAUCAAGUAUGUUUAAUUUCAUCUCAGUUCUCUGAAAUAAUCGAACGCUAUUUGACCUCAUAACUUGUGUUUAUUUUAUGUCUUUAUGAAUUUUAUACAGUUAUCAUCACAUAACACUAUACAGUUAGCACUGGAUAAUCCUAACAAUGACAACGAGAGAAAACACAGUAUACUGCAGAAUGAGUACUGUAUUGUCUUGAUUAUGAAAAUAACCUGGUUGUGCAGACUUAUCAUUUAUUCUUCCAUCAGUUGGCAGAGUAUGAAGAAAAAGAUCUUCAAAAAUUUAUAGCAGUCUAUGAGGGACACUUACUUCAGGGAGUAUGUGCUAGAGAUGCGUCCUGAAUUAAAGACUGUUCAAAUUCCAGCAUGAUUCUAAUGAUUUUCAAUAGUUUACUUGUUUUAUCCAGAAUAUUUGUGUAAUUAUUUAAAUUGUGUACCUUAAUAAAACUCCAGUUCAGUCUGGAUAACCAAGA